AUGUCAGGAAAGGAGUGGUACUUGGUGCACAUAACACUUACUGUGACAGAUGUGAACGACAACGUCCCCGAGUGGGCCAUGCAGCCCUUCCCCUUCUUGGCUGCGGUGUCUCCUCAAGCUGCAGUGGGUACUGAAGUGUACAAGCUGCUUGCUGUGGAUGCAGAUGAAGGGAUCAAUGGAGCUGUAGAAUACUUUCUCCUGGAUGGUGGAGAAGACAGAUUUGAAGUUGAGAAGGACACUGGCUGGAUUAAAACAACAGGUUUGCCAUUGGUGAAGGACAGGGAAUACUUACUGACUGUGUUAGCAGCAGAUAAACUUGGAAGCAAAGGGUCUCCGGCCUCUGUUUCUAUAAUUGCUGGACUUCGACCACCACAAUUUACCAACAUAUCAUACAUUGCUUAUGUUCCUGAAAGUAUGCCACAAGGGAAAACUUUUUUCACAGUCUCUGCUAUAUCGUAUCAAAACAAAUCAUUGAGCUAUAGCCUGCAAACUAAUCCUAGUGGUCUAUUCAGCAUCAGUCGGACAGUGGGAGAUAUCAGCUUAACUCGGAGUGUGGAUUAUGAGAGCGGCCAACACCAAUAUUUUCUUUUGGUCAGAGCAGAAGAAGAUGAGGAACAGCUCAGUAAUACAGCUGAGGUUUUUGUUGUAAUCACAGAUGUGAAUGACUGUGCCCCAGAAUUCCAACAGCUGAUUUACAGCAAGGAUGGUGUUCCUGAAACAGUUACUAUGACAACUGCACUUCUACAAGUGACAGCCACUGACUGUGAUUCCAAAGAGAACGCCGAAAUACGCUAUUACACUUUGAGUCCUGAUUUUAGUGUUACGGCUGAUGGUACUGUUUUUCCAGCAACACAGUUGGAUUAUGAGCGACCUAAUCAUCUUUAUGAAUUCAUAAUUAUGGCUGUAGAUAAAGGAGAAGAGCCCAAGACUGGCACAACAACUGUUAGGAUCCACGUUUCAAAUGUGAAUGAUGAAGCACCUGAGUUUUCCCAGGCAAUCUACAGGAGCUUUGUUUCUGAAGAUGCAGGCCCAAAUACAAUAGUUGCUACAAUUAAUGCUGUUGACCCUGAUGGAGAUGGUAUAACAUAUGCUAUUCUAUCUGGAAAUCAAAAAGGGAACUUUGUUAUUGACCAUAAGAAAGGGCUAGUUAAACUUCGUUCAAGUCCUUUCCCUAAGCUACAGGGGACAGAGUAUGUUCUUAAUGUCACGGCAACUGAUGAUAACGCCUCUGGAGGACCCCGUUCCCUUACCAGUACUGCUCAGGUUAUCGUGAAAAUUGAUGAUAUCAACAAUAACAAACCUGUCUUUCAGAAGUGUCAAUAUUAUCAGGAACAUGCUUCUGUAUUGGAAAAUCAGCCUUCAGGGACAGUUGUACUGCAGGUUGAAGCCACUGAUGCUGAUGAAGGAGCCAAUGGUGUAGUGAGAUAUGGCUUGAUGUACAGAGAUGGUGUCCUACCAGCGUUUAGUAUUCAUCCUGACACAGGAGUCCUGACAACUGUUCAGGUAUUUGAUCGAGAAAAACAGAGGGAAUAUCCUAUCACCGUGACAGCGACAGAUCAGGCAGUGGAACCACUCAUUGGAAUAUGUCAGAUAAAUGUUAUUAUCCUGGACCAAAAUGACAAUGAUCCCAGAUUUGAAAACACCCACUAUGAAUAUUUCCUAAGAGAGGACACAGCAGUUGGGACUAGCUUUCUUCGUGUUGCAGCCCAUGAUGUUGAUUACAGCUCAAAUGCUGCUAUUACAUACUCCAUAGCAACUGAAGAACCUGAUUAUUUACAAAUUAAUCCUACUACAGGCUGGAUCUUUGUUAGCCAACCCAUACCUCAGAGGUCAUCUGUAAUUCGAGAGGUUAUUGCUACAGAUGGAGGCAAUAGGAGCAGUAAAGUUGAGCUUGCAGUAACUAUUACCAGUGCAAAAAACCAGCCCCCACGGUGGGAAAGAGAUAGUUAUGAAGUUGUUAUUCCAGAGAAUACUACACGAGAUGCAUCAAUUUUGACAAUCAAAGCAACCUCUCCCCUUGGCGAUCCCCGUGUGACUUACAACCUGGAAGAGGGACUUGUUCCAGAGACCAACAUGCCAGUUCGUUUCUACCUGACUCCAAACAGAGAUGAUGGUUCUGCUUCAAUCCUGGUGGCCGAGCCGCUAGAUUUUGAAACAACAAAGAGCUUUCUGCUGAGGGUUCGAGCACAGAACGUUGCUGCGGUUCCUCUGGCAGCAUUCGCUACCAUCUGUAUUAAUUUAACAGAUGUCAAUGAUAAUGUCCCAUUCUUCACUUCAUCAAUUUAUGAAGCCUCAGUAGCAGAGGGAGCUGGUGUUGGGACAUUUGUUGUUCAAAUCUCUGCAGUGGAUCUUGAUCUUGGUCUGAAUGGUGAGAUAACCUACUCCUUCUUACAUGACCGUAAUGGAGACUACAUACAUUUUUGCUUGGACUCAUGGACAGGCUCAGUAUACACUACCUCAGUAUUUGACAGAGAGAAGAAGGGGUCCUAUCUUUUAGAAGUCAAGUCAGAAGAUGGCACUGAAUCAGCUCGACCUGGAAAACGGGGGAAGCCAAACUCUGACACGGCCUACGUGCGUGUCUUUAUCAGUGAUGUGAAUGAUAACAAGCCUGUCUUCACUCAAAGUGUCUACGAAGUAAAUGUGGAUGAAGACCAGGAUGUGGGCUCAACUGUCAUUACAGUCAGUGCUAAUGAUGAAGAUGAAGGAACAAAUGCUAAAUUACGGUAUCAGAUCACAGCUGGAAACGCAAGAGGGAUAUUCAAUGUAGAACCAGAAACAGGAGCCGUUUUUAUUGCACAGCCACUAGAUUAUGAAGAAACAAAAAUGUAUGAGAUUCACUUGUUGGCAUCUGAUGGGAAAUGGGAAGAUUAUGCAGUUAUCAUCAUCAAUGUUAUGAAUAAAAAUGAUGAGUCUCCAGUUUUCUCUAUCAGUGAAUACUAUGGAAGUAUAAUUGAGGAACUGGAUGGGUUACCAGUCUUUGUCCUUCAGGUUGUGGCAAGUGAUCCUGAUAGUAAUCCGAACGAAGGAGAUGUGAGAUACUCACUACAUGGGCACGGUGCAGCUGAUGUUUUCACCAUAGAUGAGAACACGGGCAGCAUUUAUUCGCAGAAGACGCUGGAUCGGGAUGAGCUGGCACUGUGGAGAUUUGUUGUAUUGGCUACUGAUGAAGGCGGAGAAGGACUUACUGGAUUUGCUGAUGUAAUUAUUAACGUGUGGGAUGUAAAUGACAAUGCCCCCAAGUUUGCAUGCGUGCCUGGUGAUUGCAAUGGGACUGUCUUUGAAAAUUCUCCUGCAGAUACGUUAGUCAUGGAAAUGAGUGCAGUUGAUCUUGAUGAUCCAAAUGUAGGUCUUAAUGCAGUCCUGACUUACAAGAUAACAGAGAAUGUAAAAAAUCAAUUUGGUACCAAUUUGUUUAAUAUCAAUCCCAAUACCGGUGCAAUCCACGUAGCAGAGGGAACACUGGACAGAGAAAUGAUUGAAAAAUAUUUUCUUACUGUUGAAGUAACAGAUGGGGGAGGGCUGACGGGAACUGGCACUGCCACUGUCUGGAUUGCAGAUGUUAAUGAUCAUGUACCUAAAUUCACCCAAGAGAUGUGUCAGGCAACGAUUCCUGAAAGCAGUGACAUUGACUCAGAAGUUCUGCAAGUGUCUGCUACGGAUGCAGAUAUUGGGGAAAAUGCUCACUUAACUUUCAGUAUCAUUGAAGGAGAUCCGGAUCAGAAGUUUUUUAUUGAGAAUGACGGAGAACAUCAAUAUGCUAUUAUCAGACUGAAAAAAAAAUUGGAUUUUGAGAAAGCACAUGAAAGACAGUUUAAUAUUACUGUUAAAGUGGAAGAUCUCGAUUUUUCUAGUAGUACAUCGUGCCUGAUUGAAGUCGAGGACUCUAAUGACCACAGUCCAGUUUUUCAUUCUCAGUUUAUUCAAACAAGUCCCUUUGAAAAUACGCCUGUAGGUACUACAGUAAUUACAGUGAGUGCUACAGACAAGGAUUCUGGUUUGAAUGGGAACAUUGUGUAUUCUAUCAAGUCCGAUUCAGAUCCUAUGAGACAUUUUGCAGUUGACCAAAAUGGUCAUGUGGUGGUGGUGGGUGCGCUAGAUCGUGAAGUCAUUCAGAAAUACUGUUUAAUUGUGCACGCCUCAGAUCAAGGGGCUCCAGCCCAAACUGGAAGCAUCACAGUUUUGAUUGACCUGCUUGAUGUGAAUGACAAUGGGCCAAGGUUUGAGGCACCAUACAUGCCUGUAGUUUGGGAAAAUAUGUUGAAGCCUGAAACAGUGUACAUGAACCAUACAUCAAAGCUACUUCAUGCAUUUGAUCCGGACAGUGAGGAAAACGGGCCACCCUUUACAUUUUCAUUGCCACCAGAUUAUCAGAAUUCUCUGGAUUUUUCUCUUACUGACAAUAGAAAUAACACAGCAACCAUCACAGCUUUGAGAUCCUUUGACAGAGAAAAGCAGAAAGUGUUUCACUUGCCAAUAAUUAUAACGGAUAGUGGGAUCCCAGCUAUGAGCGCUACAAACACGCUGACUAUAACAAUUGGUGAUGAAAAUGACAACUCCCAUCAAUCUGGCCAUAAGGAAAUCUAUGUGUACAGUAACAAAGGUAAGUGUUAUCUGUCUUACCAGACUUCAGUGCUUGGGGAAGUGUUUGCACCAGAUCUGGAUGACUGGGACAAUAAAACAUUUCUCUCUGAAGGAAAACUGCUCAAAUAUUUUAUAUUACAUCAGAGGCGUGGUUCUCUGAUAAUGGUUGAUAAUGUUCCCCAAGGAACAUACAACUUAAAAGUCAGAGUUUCUGAUGGAGUUUGGCCUGAUGUUAUAUCUACAAUCCAAAUCCAUGUCCAAGAGUUGGAAAAUGAAGUCAUACAAAAUUCAGCCACUGUACGCCUAGGAGAUAUCACAGCAGAGGAAUUCAUAAGAAGGGACGAAUAUGGCAAAAACAGGCAUGACAAGCUCAAGGAAAUACUGGCAAAGGUAUUUUCAGCUCAGCUUAGUGACAUCACUGUCUUCAGUGUGCUGAACAUUGAUGGAAAACAGACAGACAUAAGAUUUACAAUCACUGAUGGCUCUGCAUAUUACAGAUCAGAGAAACUGCAUGCUGAGAUGGCAGCAUUUAAAAAUGAGAUCCAGUCAGCUUUACAAGUGAGCAUUUUGGAGAUCGAUGUAGACGAAUGUAGGAGGGCGAACUGUAGCAACGGCAACGAUUGUACAAACCACUUGACAGUGAGUGACAUGCCAACAGUGACGGAUACUGGCAGCGUGUCAUUUGUCUCUGUAACAACGACCGUCGAUGCAGUCUGCAGCUGUCCAGCCAGGGACCGAAUUCAUCAGUCUUGUGCCUCCUACCCUCGAAGCCCUUGUCUCAAUGGUGGGAGGUGUAUUGACACUCUGAAUGGUUACAGAUGUGUUUGUCCUGCUUUAUUUCAUGGACCAGACUGCCAGCAGACGAAGCACAGUUUCCAUGGGAAUGGCUAUGCAUGGUUUCCACCCAUCAGGCCUUGUUUUGAGAGCUACCUCUCUCUUGAGUUUAUUACUGCGGCUCCAGAUGGACUUCUGCUAUAUAGUGGUCCCUUAUCAAAUCCGGAACCUGGAAGUACAGAAAACUUCAUUGCAAUAGAGCUAUCCAGUGGUAUUCCCAUGUUGAAGAUGAGCCUUGGCUCAGGUUCAGUGAUGCUGCAGUUACCAAGUCACCUGAAUGUAAUGGACAAAAAAUGGCAUCACCUAGAAGUCAGAACCAGUGGUCAGGAUAUUCGAUUCACUUUGGAUCACUGCGGUGCGGCUGUUGUUUCGGAAAGAGAAGGAGUAGGGAAAUGGCUCUCUGCUGAGGAUCGUACCAGCUGUGAAGUCCUUGGGUCUGUUCCACGAGGAGCAAGGCAUUUGAAUGCGAACCAUGUUCUUCAACUGGGUGGUGUAAAAGAAUCGUUACCAUAUUCCUACCCACAGCUGCUGCACAAACACUUCAAUGGUUGUUUGCGCAAUUUCAUCUUGGAUACUCAGGUGUACGACCUUCAGUCUCCUGCAGAGUCCCUGAACAGCUUUCCUGGCUGCACACUAACGGAUGGGAGCUGUGAGGCCAUGGGGUCAUCUUCCUGUGGUGUUCAUGGCAGGUGUCUUGGAGACUGGGGCUCAUUUGCUUGUCACUGUUUGCCAGGUUACUAUGGCUAUCGAUGUGAUAAAGUUGCCAAAGAAUACACAUUUGGGCCAGGAAGUCAUAUCCGCUAUCAGCUCCCUGUCAGCGUGCCCGCCCGUAGGACACGGGUAGAAGCCAUGAUUAGGACACGGCAGCCAGACAGUGUCAUCAUGAGCAUGUCAUCCCGAAACAAGGAUGAAUACAUCACUUUACAGGUGGUUCAGGGGUUCUUAAUGGUCUCAUAUAAUCUGGGUGAUGGAGACUAUUCUGUAAGCCUCCCCUUCUACAACAUUGAUAAUGGUGAAUGGCAUCAUAUCAAACUGGAGAGAAUUGAAAAUGAAUUUACCCUUCGCCUUUAUGAAGGAGGUGGGAAGAGAGAAAUUCUGAGAGCAAGAGGAGUGUACAAAGAGAUUGUGAUUGACCCCAGCAGCUUGGUCCUUGGAAACACCUAUCUGUUCAGUCCAAAUCAGAGCUUUCAAGGAUGCAUGAAGGAUGUCAGAUUUAAUAACUACAGGUUGCCUCUGGAUACUCACAUGAAGGAGCUGGUGUCAGUAUUAAGUGCCCAAGGAGUGAAAGAAGGCUGUUCUUCAGAGGCUUGUAGGAAUAACCCUUGUAACCAGGAAUUUAUUUGUAUUGAUUUGUGGAUGAUGCAUGAAUGCAGUUGCCCUCCAGGACACAUGAUGGUGGAGAACGCCACGGGCAGACGCUGUGUGUACACUGCGUGUGCUAAACGGCCCUGCAACUACGGCACCUGCGUCUCCCAGUCACCAACCACGUUCCGGUGCGACUGUCCCGACGGCUACGCCGGACGCAGCUGUGAGAUCACGCUGGCCAUCUUCCACAAAGACGCAGGCCUCAGCUUUAGCUCCAUGUUUGCCAUCUGCAUUUGCUUUUUGGCACUGUUAGGUAGCUAUGGCAACUACAUCUUGUAUUACCUUUGGUGA